GGGAUUUAUACAAUCGAUGUUGAUACCGGAAGUGUACAUGUUUUCCAUGUCAGAUUUCUAGAAUAAUCUGUCAACUUUGUGAGGAAUCUAUUUCCAUCCUUCAACACAGGAUUAUUGAGAAAAUUCUAAAAUGCCAGCAGGAAAGCAAAUGUCUAGGCCUAAUAAGGCUGAGUAUAAGGACAAAGAAAAACCGACUCAGAUAAGGAUAAGCAACAUCGAAGCAGCGAAGGCUGUUGCUUCUGCUAUAAGAACUAGCUUGGGUCCAAGAGGGAUGGAUAAGAUGAUUCAAGCUUCAAAUGGAGAUGUAACUAUAACUAAUGAUGGUGCAACCAUUCUAAAACAAAUGCAAGUUCUUCAUCCAGCAGCAAAAAUGUUGGUAGAGCUCUCUAAAGCACAGGAUGUUGAGGCUGGAGACGGAACCACCUCAGUCUGUGUAAUUGCUGGAAGUUUACUGGAAGCAUGUGCUAAACUACUAUCUAAAGGUAUCCAUGCAACUAGUAUAUCGGAGGCUUUCCAGAAAGCAGCAGUGAAAUCUCUUGAGUUACUGGAAAAUAUGACAACACCACUUGAUCUGAAUGAUAGAGAAUCCCUCCUGAAGAGUGCUUCAACAUCUCUUAACUCAAAGGUGGUAUCACAUUACUCUAAUGUACUGUCACCAAUAGCUGUAGAUGCUGUGUUGAAGGUCAUAGAUCCAGCUAUAGCCAACAAUGUUGACUUAAAUGAUAUUAAAGUUGUUAAGAAAUUAGGUGGAACAGUAGAAGAUGUUGAAUUGAUCGAUGGUUUGGUAUUUGAUCAGAAGACACAAGGUGUUGGUGGACCUAAUAAAGUGGAGAAAGCCAAGAUUGGUCUCAUACAGUUCUGUAUAUCUCCUCCUAAAACAGAUAUGGAUAACAGUGUUAUAGUAUCAGAUUACACCCAGAUGGACAGAGUAUUACGAGAGGAGAGACAGUAUAUUCUAAAUAUAGUUAAACAAGUGAAAAAAGCAGGAUGUAAUGUCCUUCUUAUACAGAAAUCCAUUCUCAGGGAUGCUGUCAGUGAUUUAGCUCUUCAUUUCUUAGCCAAGAUGAAAAUUAUGGUAGUCAAAGAUAUUGAAAGAGAAGAUAUUGAAUUUGUAUGUAAGAGUUUACAUUGUCGUCCCAUCGCUAGUUUGGAUCAUUUUGUACCAGAAUCUUUAGGUAGUGCUGAUCUUGUUGAGGAAAUACAUACAGGACCUAGUAAAAUUGUCAAGAUUACAGGUAUUGCCAACAUGGGUAGAACAGUGACUGUGUUAAUGAGAGGCUCUAACAAACUAGUGCUAGAAGAAGCUGACAGAUCUCUCCAUGAUGCUCUAUGUGUCAUCAGAUGUCUUGUUAAGAAAAG